AUGCUUAAUUUACUUGAUCUUAUUCCACCAGAAUUAAUACCAUUUAUUACGAAAUAUCUUCUGAUUCAAGAUCUUAAAAAUUGCUGUAGUCUAGAUGAUAUAUGGAAAACCGAAGCUAUUAGAGAAAUUUGCAAAAGAUUAAUAGUGGACUGCUCAUUCAUUGAUAGUAAAACAACUGUUAAAGCACUUAUUGAUCCCAAAUCCCAGUAUAAUAGUAUCAAUCUUGGCAUUGGCGCAACAAAUACUGGUAAAAAAGUGAUGGAGAAUACCCUGAUUGAUCUAAGUGAAUAUUAUGAUUCAGAAUAUUCUGAAACAGAGUCUGAAUUCACCGAUUCUGAAACAGAGUCUGAAUUUACCAAAGCUAGAGUAGGGAUCCAAAAAGUUAAUUGCUAUCUUAAUCCAGGUUUUCUCGGACCAGCUAUGUGCAUUGAUAAGCUCCUCAAGAAAAUAGGUGGUAAAAUUAGCAGAAAACUAACUCCCGAAGAAAAAGAUAGCAAAUUCAUCAGAGAAGAAGCCACAGCUCCACUUGGAUUGGUCAUAAUCCCACUUACAUUUACAUCUAAUAUAAAAGAUAAUAUUCGUCUUAAUAACGAAAAAUCUAUUACAAUACUAACCGAAAUACUCGUAGAAAAAUAUACCCCUAAAAUGUCUAAUUAUAUAUUACUUGAUAAUAAUUGGUUUUAUGACCGAAAAUAUGAUGAUGAUGAGCUCCAAAUAUACAUAUCUGAAAUUGUGACCGAUACAGAAGAUGCCUGGGUAAGAACUACAUUGCGUAUCAAAGAUCUUAAUGCCAAGAAAGGGGGGAGGGUUAUAGUAUCUGUCGAUAAAAAAGAUAUUCAUGAUUUUUACAAAAUACUUCCCAGGGAAUCAAAAGAUUUUGACACUUCUAAUUCAGAUACUUCAGAUAGCAAUUCAAGUAAUUCUUCCACAUCUAGUUCAGAAAUAGAAGUUACACAUGCGCAUAAGACUAGAGCAGUAAAGAAACACCCCAUUCUAAAGCGUAAAGUAAAAG